UGUGAUUGAGUCAUGUUUUGAUUGACGUAAAGGUCUCGGCAGUACAUUUAAAUUUUUCAAAGAAAAAAAAUCAUUUGACUAGAAAUUUUCCAUCACCUUCGUGUGUCUGUUGUUACUGUGUUUGUUGAGCUAACCAGUUUGUCUCUUGUUUCUCAUAUUUGGUUUCGGACUGUCUUCAGUGAUACCGAUUUAUUCAUAUAUUUUUUUUUAAUUUGAAAUUGAAAAUGGAAGAUCUAGAUGCCCUCCUGGCGGACUUGCAGAACCAGACGCAGCUGAACCUGUCGUCAGCUUGUCCCACCUCUCCGAGCGGGAACAGCUACGCAGCAGUCAUGUCUCAUGGUCCCAGGCCAGCUAACGCCACUGUCACUACCACGACAGUGACCACCUCGGAGCGAUACACCGAAUAUCUGAAUGGGGCACCGGAUGACCAGCCUAUUUAUCAAAACCAGCAAUCAAUCAAGAGUGCCAUGAAUGAGAAAUCCUCCAAGCCUCAUUUUGCCAGCAAUUUGUCAGAACUAGACAGCCUUUUAGAGGACUUAAACUCUUCUCGAUAUGCUAAUUAUCCAAAUAAAAAAAGUUAUGAAUCUCCUUCCUAUAAUAUUUACAACAAUGAAACUAUACCACAUAAACUGGCUUCCAAUGGUGUUUCUGAACCUAUAAGACCAACUGUUGACAGUCUGUUGGAUGAAUUACAAAGUUCACUACCUGACACACCAAAACACUCUAGUGUAAAGUAUAGCCAGAGUACACAAUCACCAAUGAUAAAUUCUGUGAGUUCUUAUCCACCUCAUCCUCAAACUGUGGAUGCUGCUGCUCCUGCUGCAUCUUCUGCCACUAAGGAGUUAGAUGAUCUUAUGGCUUCUCUCUCAGAUUUCAAACAUACACAGCCCAACAAGGCUUCCGAAGCACAGUACGCCAAACCCCAGAAGGUCAGCAGGUCACCAACUGGUAGUGGUAAAGGUGUUGACCAGUUGGAUUCUAUGCUUGGUACUUUACAAUCAGACAUGAGCAAACAAGGUGUCAACACUAGCCCUAAAGGACACUGUACUGCUUGCAAUAAACCAAUUGUUGGGCAGAGUCAAGAUUAUUUCUAUGUUUACCGACUUGAAAUACAAUUUUCAAAAACUUAA